AUGGCGCGAGAAGAUCGAUCCGGAGAAUUCACCGGCGUCUUGGGCUUCUUCAUCUGUAUCUGCACCCUGCUGGUACUGCUUCGAUGCUACUGCAAGCUGGUUAUCGUGAAGAACUUCGCAGCCGAUGACUACUUCUCUGUCCUUACCCUGGUAUCCUUCUUAGUCUUUUGUACCUCCGCACUGCUGGGUAUCCAAAAUGGAACCGGCAAGCGACGAUAUCUCAUUCCGGACGAAAAGUAUCCCGUAGGCAUGAAGUGGUGGUGGACUUGCGAGCCUACUUACGUUGUUACGAACUUCUUCCUAAAGUGCAGCAUCGGCAUCUUCCUGCUGCGUAUUGCCGUUGACAGAACUCAUCGCAUCAUUCUUUGGACCGCCCUGAUCGCCAUCCAACUCUACAGCGUGUACUUCUUCUUCAUCUUUACCUUCCAAUGCUGGCCUGUCUCGUUCUUCUGGGAGCAGUUCCGUGGCGGCAAAGGCCAGUGCAUCCCCUCUAAAGUCGUUGUGAACUCGUUCUACGGCUACUCUGCGUUGUCCUGUGCCACGGAUUGGACGUUUAGUAUCGUUCCAAUCUUUAUCGUGCACAAGUUGCAGAUGAACAAGAAGAAGAAGAUGACUGUGGCUGUCGUCCUUGCUUUCUGCGCUAUCGGCUCUACUGCAACAGUCGUCCGCAUUCCGUUCAUCAACGGUCUCAACGACAUACCCGAUUUCCUCUACUCUACGAUCGACGUCGCAAUCUGGUCCACAUGCGAGACCGGAAUCGGCCUUGCCACCUCCGCCGCCGCGACUCUCCGCCCUUUGCUCCGCCAAGUCUUUGGCGACAUGUCGACGCAUGAUAGCACCUCGCGCAAACACUCGCGCAUGUGGAAUUCGGGCCACCCGUCUCGUUCUGGGUACCGGGAACAUGCCAGUCGGCAUACCGAAACUGAUAUUCAGCUCAGCAGUCAUGAUUCAAAACACCACACUGUUCAUGUUGUCGGUGGCGAUGGGUCGAGUCCGAGUGGGAGCACGAUCGAAUUGAAUAAGGAGUGGGAGCAGGACAAAGACAGCGGGUCGGCUGACGGAGGUGCAGCAGGCCACAAAGGGAUUAUGAGAACGGUCAAGAUUACGCAAAUGUAG